UUUCUUUCUCCUAAAAACAACCACAAACAUGUAAAUGCAAUGGCAACAUCGCGGCCCUCGUCCGUCUGCCCAUACGCAGCUAGUGUGGCGGCGAAUCGGAAAGAAGAGUGAGUGACUCGAUAGGGAUAGCGUGACAGCGGAAGGAGAACUCUGAGUGCGUCUGAAGAGGUGGUCGGUGUCGGACCCGAGGUGGUAACCGGCUAUUGCGGGCGGUGUUCACAAUAGGAAGCGUCUUUCCAGAAGAAAUGGCGGCAUGCGUUGCAUCAAAAUGGUCCAUGGCUGUUAGCCGCUCAUUACUAGGGAACCUAAGCAGCAAUAAUCUUGGGUCUCUUGGCAAACCUCAAGAUUUAACAAGUCUGGGUUACAAUGGUCUCUUCUUUCAGCAGCAGCUGAGAACGUUCAUACAGAUGAGGACAAAACUAAAAGUUGUUGAUAACUCUGGUGCAAAGUGGGUUAGGUGCAUUCAAGCUUUGAAGGGGAGGAAGGGGGCAAGAUUGGGUGACACUAUAAUUGCAUCAGUUCAGGAAGCACAACCUCGUGGUAAAGUAAAGAAAGGAGAGGUGGUGUAUGGUGUUGUUGUGCGUGCAGCCAUGCCGCGAGGACGCUGUGAUGGGAGUGAGGUAAAGUUUGAUGACAAUGCUGUAGUCCUUGUAAACAAGCAGGGAGAGCCAAUAGGGACUAGGGUCUUUGGCCCUGUACCGCAUGAGCUCAGAAAGAAAAAGCAUCUUAAGAUUCUUACUCUGGCUGAACAUAUUGCUUAAUGAGGUAUGCAUAUCCGUUAGCAAGGUUUUUUCAUCUAAAUUUAUAAGCACUAUAAAUUUGUAUUUUCAUACGGCUUGAACUGUUGUUUGGAAAGAGAAUAUAGUUAUUGUAUAAUUUCAGAUUUUUUCUGAAUGAAAGUAUUAAUAUUUUGAUAAUGAGUAUCAAAAGGAAAAUGCCUUUAAAUUUGUUCUU